UCCUAGAUUGGAACGGAGAGGGUGAUUAGAGGGGCGGAAAUCUCAAAGAGACAGAGUGCAACUAAUUUAUCCACCUCCUUCCUUGUUGGCUUAACUUCACUCAACCUCGUUAUUCUCUAUAAGUUUCUCUCCUCCUUCAUUUUUCCCUCCCAUUAUUCCAUUUUCCUGUUCUUCCAUCGCUCUCGAGCUCUCUCUACCAUGGAAUCAUCCGCUGCCAUUCGAUCUUUUAACUAUACCAUGGGCACUAUGUCCCAUAUGCGACCUUCCCGUGAUAAACAAGUUGUAGUUCCCAUCCACAAUGUCCGAUGGAACUCUAAAAGUAGACUUUUCAUCCAGCAUUUGGCAUAUGAUCGGAAGCACAUUAAUUCCCACAUGAAGGGUAACAACACACUAGUUUCAUGUGCAAAAACAGCUGAACCUAUCAACACAUCCAAGUCUGGUGAUGAUGUUGCAGCUUCUUCAGAUAGUACUCCACAAGGCUCGUUGGAGAAAAAGCCUUUGCAAGCUGCUACUUUUCCUAAUGGAUUUGAGGCUUUGGUAUUAGAGGUGUGUGAUGAGACUGAAAUCGCUGAACUGAAAGUAAAGGUUGGAGAUUUUGAAAUGCAUAUUAAGCGAAACAUUGGAGCAACAAAGGUUCCUUUGUCUAACAUUUCACCAACAACUCCUCCGCCUAUUCCAUCUAAACCAAUGGAUGAAUCAGCACCUGGUACCCUGCCACCAUCACCUCCAAAAUCAUCUCCAGAAAAGAAAAAUGCAUUUAUAGAUUCUUUCAGAGAGAAAUCACCAAGAAUGGCAGCAUUGGAGGCUUCUGGUACCACCACUUAUGUCUUAGUGCCAUCUCCCACGGUUGGCUUCUUCCGAAGAGGUAGAACAGUGAAAGGCAAGAGACAACCUCCUAUCUGUAAAGAGGGUGAUUUAGUCAAAGAAGGGCAAACCAUCGGUUAUUUGGAUCAGUUUGGCACUGGACUUCCGGUUAAGACUGAUGUGGCUGGACAAGUGUUGAAGCUACUUGUUGAUGAUGGAGAGCCUGUUGGUUACGGAGACCCCCUUAUUGCUGUCUUGCCAUCUUUUCAUGACAUCAAAUGAGCUGGCCUUUUCCUGUUGUUCCGAUCAAUCAUGAGGCAUUUUUUUUAAUUAGGGAGCUAUUCGCAUAUUGGCAAAAGUUUUUAAUAGGUGACAAAUAAUUGAAAAUUCAUACUUUUGUAUACCAAUUGCUUAAAUUGUACUGGAAUGAAGCUAUUCGAGACGACCUUCCUUAUAUAUCUUAUUUGAUGGAGUUUGAUCGCUAGCUAA